GUUGUGUCCGCCAUGUUAAUCCCUGCAAAUUACGGAACAAACGGGAACAUAAUUAUAGCUCGUAACAUGUGACAUACACAAUAAAUGUUGUAUGAACUCAAAUAAAAAUAAAAAAACUGUCACCAUGUUAGAAUUAGAAACGGGAAAGUUAAAAAAAACAAAUACAAACAACGUUCCGUUUAUAUAGACGAAGAUGGAGGAUGAGCAUUUGAACAAGAUUUUGAGGAAGUUACUUAAAUAUUGGCGUAAUUAUAACAAACUCGUUUUAGUCAAUACUCUUUGAAUAUGCCUAUAAAUGAAAGUUCAGUCUGUGAUGAAAACUCCAUUGAAUAUGAACUCCGCUCAACCACAAUGUUGUCCCCAUCAUACCUGAAGGAAAUUUUACAUCAAGAACAACUCCAAGUGCUCUUAGUUUAUCUGUACAAUAAAACAGAUGAUAUUAUAAAAAUUGAAACUCAUUCUAACAACAUAAGAGUAAAAAUUGAAGAAAACUCUACUCGAUCGGAUGUUACGGGCAGUCCUCUAAAAGUUGAUUUGAAGGGUGAUGAUAGUUUUGGUACAUGUUUGAAAUUGAAAUAUUACCAUCCAUGGACAGAUUCAGAAGCGAAAUACCACCCAUUAUCAGUAGAGGCCAGCAGAGAGUUUAUGAGAAACUACUUGAAGAAGUCAAACAUAACAGAGAUACCAAUAUUUGCAAUUUGUGAUGGAAACAAUUCUCUGAAAACCGUGAUAUUAGGAAUGCAUAAAACAAAGGACUACCUGAUUACCAGCACAUUAAACAUGCUAGGCUUCAAACAUAUUGAGGAUUUCACACUAGAAAAAAUGGAAAAAUGUCACUAUCUCAACUCUAGGGCCAAACAAAGUAAUAUCUUAUAUUCAAUCAUAUCAAAGUAUACAAUUUAUGGAUCAUUCUUACAAAAUGUGAAAAAUGUCAAUGACUGUGACCAGUAUGGAAAUGUCACUGUUGAAAUCAAAAACAACAACCAAUGUGGCUUCAACAAAUAUGAACGUUCAUCAGAGCAAAAGGUUUUGCUGCAACUUCUUGCUGGCCAUCACGAAUCGUCUGUCCACUUCCUCUGGAAACAGCUUCUAAUCCUGCAGCAGUACAUCGAUAUUCUCUUGGAUCCUGACAAAUAUCAAGAUCAUGAAACUCCUCUGAGCAAUAGCCAACUUGACCUGCAGGACAUUUGUUUUCAGAUAAAAGAGUUAACCACAGAUGUUUGCAAAUAUGAGCAUCAGGGAGGAUUUAUUUUACAAAACAUUCGUAAUAUGACAUUCAUGGAUCAAAUAUGGGAAAUACUUAAACAGUGUGAGAACUUAUGUAUGCUCAGAGAAUCUUUGACAUAUCUGUUUGAAACACUAGCAGAGUCAAAUUUAACAAUUCCCAUUACUGAGAGGUGUAGUCUUGCUAUUUUGGUGACUGGUUUGUUAGAAGGAAAGCUGGGAGUACCAGUUUUGAGAUACCCUCAGGCUAUGGAGUUUCUCUUUGAAUUAGGAGCAGAGAAGCUCAAAAAUGAUUAUGAAGCUAUUAUUAGAAACUUCUGUGCCUUAUCUAAUAAUGCCUUAUUUGCGGAAUGGAAUGAUUUACAUAGCCAAUUGAAUUUCCAAGAGAAUUUCCAAAAAGUAAGGAAUACAAUUUACUCUAAAUCAGAAGUGGGGGAUCUUAGAAAACACAUUGCUAAGUUAGCUUUUCUGAGCAGACUUCAUAUAGCUGUAGAAAUGAUAUAUUUACUCAAAAAUGAAAGUGGUAUGACAGAAGAUGUUUUAGUUGAUGCCUAUAAGACAAUCUGUAAAACAUACUCAGAUUCAAAGAUCAUCACAGAUUUUACAGAUUUGUUGGCAGUGCCAUUGUGUGAAAUCAGCUUAAGUGUGAGCUCUGUAGAACAUUGUAUAAAAAACACGUUGCCUACAUCAUGGCAAGUGCAAAUGGUUUCAAAAAUAAAAAACACGGAAUUUAUGACAACAUUCCAUUUAACAAAGCAUCAGAUAUUUCCAUUUUUGGACAUUGAUAAUGAUAUAAAUACCUAUACUGAGAAUUUUUACUACGUCUAUAACUAUGUACAAGACAAAGAUAUAAUCCAGUAAAGGGUGCCAUGUGUGUUAUGUAUAAUGUAACUUCUGGAUUCUGCUGUGGUUUUUGUGAUAGCCUGAUCUAACACAUAUUGUGAUUUUCAUUGGCCAAUCAGUAAAUUAACUUACAUUCAAAGAAGAAACUUCACCAAACAAAAAAAAAAAACGAAACUAGAACGCCAGUCCAAUUUUCUCUGAACAUCCAUGAAUUCAGGUUUUAGUUGUCAUAUUUAAUUAUUUUAGAAAUAUUUUUUAUAUAGGUAGUGUUUUUCAUAUCCAUAAACUGUUUUAAAAUGAAUACUUUUGAAAAAGCAAAUCUGCACUUUAUAACAUUGUGGUUUCAUAUUACUGAAGUUCUAAUAAAUGCACGUACGACUC